AUGCCUUUUGCCCUAGUUAUAUGCGUCCGCUUGCACAACAGCAAGACAAAUUCUGCUAUAAUUAACACAGCUGCCGCAACGUUUCGUCAAUGUACUAAUGCAGUAUUUGAAAGGGCUUCUAGAGAGGAUCCUUCUUUGUUGAAUGCUAACGUAUUUGAUGUUGAUGGUGUCCCGUGCUUCUCUGGAUCAACUCAUCUGACUUUGAAUCCCUCACACAAGGGUACUGAAAAUGAGCAGCAAGAAGGUAAGUCUGUCCGAUUUUCUCUUAAAGACAAUGUAACGAAAUGA